UCGCUCCAUGAGCAGCCCAGUAGACACACACUGUGCAUUGCUUCUCCCUACCAUCCAGCAGCACAGUCUCAUUUCUCCACACACCAGCUCUGAGUGGAAGCUCAGCAGGGGUGUCUGGGAUAACCGCACGGAGGCUCUGGCGACGACUCUCUACAAUCCAAAGAUAAAGAACACCGGUGGAGGGGAGAAUGGGCAAAUCAGAAAGUCAAAUGGACAUCAUGGAGAAAUCAAGCAAACCAGGGAAGCGCCGUUGGACCAUCGCAGAGAUCAGCCUGUCUGUUCUGCUGCUGCUGCUCAGCUGUGCCUUGGCAGGGCUAAUAGUGCUCUAUACGUCGGCUGUGAAGGAACAAUCCAACAGGACUGGUGUCUGGACUAGCUCCACGGACAAGGGGCAGCAGCACGGCUCCAACAUCAACAACGUGUGCACGACCGCAGAGUGUGUUGUUGCAGCCGCGAGACUCCUGCAGAACAUGGAUGCCUCGGUGAAGCCGUGUGAGAACUUCUACCAGUACGCCUGCGGGGGUUGGCUGGAGCGCCAUGUCAUCCCAGAGACCAGCUCCCGUCACAGUGUGUUUGACAUUCUGGGGGACAAGCUGGAGAUUGUCCUCAAAGGUGUUCUGGAGACUGAGAACGAGGAGGACAGGGUGGCUAUACGCAAGGCCAAGACACUUUACAGCUCCUGCAUGAACGAGAGUCUGAUAGAACAGCGGGACUCCCAGCCUCUGUUGAGGCUCAUUGAAAGUAUCGGAGACUGGCCAAUUGCCUCCGAUGAUUGGAACACGACCACAGAGGAGGCGUGGAGUCUGGAGGACGAACUGGCAACACUCACAUCUCGCUUUCAUAAGAAGGUGCUGCUGGACAUGUACGUGUGGACGGACGACCGAGACUCCUGUCGCCAUAUCAUUUACAUUGACCAGCCUGGUCUUGGAAUGCCAUCCAGAGACUAUUAUUUCAACGAUGGAAAUUACCAAAAGGUACGAGAGGCCUAUCUGCAUUUCAUGGUUUCCAUCGCCAAAAUCGCCCGAGAGGACCGGAACCUGACCCAAGACGACGACCGCGUGUGGGAGGAGAUGGGGCAGGUGCUGGAUCUGGAGACAGAUAUUGCAAACGCCACGUCCCCGGUGGAGGAGCGGCAAGAUGUCACGGUUCUUUACAACCGGAUGACCCUGGCAGAGCUCCAGGACUCCUUCAAGUUCAACGGUUUUAACUGGACUAGAUUCAUCCAAGGUGUACUGUCCAGUGUGUCCAUCAAAAUACAGCCUGAAGAGGACGUGGUGGUCUACAGCUCUCCAUACCUGGAGAAAAUGAAUGAGGUUUUAGCCAAACAUAGUGUCAGAACUAUGCAGAACUACCUCACCUGGCAGCUCAUCCUUGAUCGAAUCAACAGCCUGAGUCGCCGCUUCAAGGAAGCCAGAGCACACUACAGAAAGGCUCUGUUCGGCACCACGGUAGAGGAGGUGCGUUGGCGUGACUGUGUGCGCUACGUCCAAAGCAGCAUGGAGAACGCGGUGGGGGCGCUGUACGUGCGCGAGACCUUCGCUGGAGAGAGCAAACGCAUGGUCAGUGACCUCAUCAGUAAGAUCCAAGAAGCCUACGUGGAAACCUUGGAGGAACUGAGCUGGAUGGACGCGCCCUCCAAGGAGAAGGCCAGAGAGAAGGCCAUGGCCAUAAAGGAACACAUUGGGUAUCCAGACCACAUUCUGGAAAAGAACAAUCAGAAGCUGGAUGAGGAGUAUGCCCAUCUUAAUUUUACAGAAGAUAACUACUUUGAGAACAUCCUUGAAAACCUCCAGUGUGAGGCACAUAAAAGCCUGAAGAAACUCAGAGAACCAGUUGACUCAGACCUAUGGAUCAUUGGUGCUGCUGUAGUGAAUGCGUUUUACUCACCAAACAGAAACCAGAUCGUAUUUCCUGCAGGUAUUCUGCAGCCACCUUUUUUCAGUAAGCAUCAGCCGCAGGCCCUCAACUUUGGCGGGAUUGGCAUGGUGAUUGGACACGAGAUCACACAUGGGUUUGAUGACAAUGGGCGCAAUUUUGACAAGGACGGUAACAUGCUCAACUGGUGGAGUAAUUACUCUGCCGAGCACUUUAAAGAGCAGUCCCAGUGCAUGGUGCAACAGUAUGGGAACUUCCACUGGAAGCUUGCAGGUGGACAGAAUGUCAGCGGUAUCAGUACACUGGGGGAAAACAUUGCCGACAAUGGAGGAGUGAGGCAAGCUUUUAAGGCUUAUCUGAAGUGGGUGGCUACAGAAGGUGAAGAGCCUCAUUUACCCGGACUAGACCUGAAUCACAAACAGCUUUUCUUUCUUAACUUUGCCCAGGUUUGGUGCGGUGCCUAUCGCCCUGAGUAUGCUAGCCAGUCCAUCAAAACCGACUCCCACAGUCCCCUAGAAUACAGAGUUCUUGGAUCCCUGCAGAACUUUGAAGCCUUCUCCGAGGCGUUCCAGUGUGAAAAAGGCAGCCUUAUGAAUCCUGAGAUGAAAUGCCGGGUCUGGUAGACCAUUCUGGUACUUUUGCUAUUUAUUGCUAUGGAUAACUCAUAAAAGCUUGUGAAAAUCUUGAAACCAACAGAGAUAUCCUGCGUGAACUCCAUCUGCAAUAACUCUCUCUCUCUAUAUAUAUAUGUAUUUACAUGGCGAAAGAUCACACAUUUACAUAUUAACAUUCUCUUGAGAAAACUCGAGCUGUUGUUUCGAGACUGGACGCGUAUACACGUAUGUCAGUGAACACACAGAAAGGAAUAGAGUAUUGCUGCUCAUAUUUGAAGUCUUGCUUGUGGUCACUGGUCUCUGCUUACAAACGGUCACACUGUGUCCUUCUGGGGGCGUAAGUGAAAACAGCUACGUAAAACAAACAAACCAUGAGCGUGAUGAACGCUGAGGCUGACAGCUGGGCUUAACGGGCUUUACCAACACUUCUUGAAUUAGUCCUUUCGAAAUAUGGGGAAGGAUCUUUGUGAUUAUUCCCGAACUGUGGGCACAUAGUUGCCUUGUUGUGUUUGCUUUUAUUCUCUUUGAGUCAAAACGUUGAACAAGAAGAACAAGCACCAGUGUCGUUCGGCCGAAAGCUUGAAAAAGAGAUAAAUGUGUGAUGGGAGUUUUGCUGAAGCAGAGCUAAAUAUAAUUAGUCACACUAUGAGGCUUUAGUCAUUCACUGUAAAAUUAAAGAAAUUACAUGAAGACUUUAAGACUGUUAAAUCUUUCCAGCUUUAAAAAAAAAAAAAGAGACAUUUAUUAAAAUACUGACAGAUUAACAUAUCUUUUUACAGUGAACUUGUACAGCGUGACUACAUUUAAAAUGUAAAAGCUAUUAAGAAUUUGUAUUCAUACCGCAUAUCAUCCAAACUCCAUUCUCUCACAGUCGAAUUGCAAGUUUAUGCCAUCGGGCAUGGUGUUACAGUCAUGGGAGGUAGAGGCACAAGUGGGGUUUCUGUAUGCCUGAACACUAUUCCUCAAAGGUUAUACAAGUGUCGGCAAUACCUUGGAGAGUAAAAGUUCGCCCAAAUGCAGAUUGGACUAAAAUGUAUGGCUUAUUUUACUAUAAUAAUAAAAUCUUGUAUCCUAUCUGUUAGUUAAGGAAAGCCUUAACAUUUGGGACUGAAUAUGGUCUAACUGAUACUCCAACCCAUACCCCAGACGUCCCCUGGACUCCCUCGGCCCAUUCUACCUUGUGUUGUCAAAUAGGACAUGACCUUUGACCUGUGUGCCGUUUAUGUUACGUACAUGUUCUUAUCAAGUCUCUAAUAACCAAGUGUGUUUGUGGUUCAAGUGAUAGAUACACAUUUCUGGACAACAAUAGAUAUAUCCUUUUUGAUAAAAAUCUGUGAGUUUACGUUUUGAUAUACAAAGUGACACAAAUACUCUUUGGUCAAGGAAAAAAAUGAACAGCCGUUGUUUUACUGGAAGCUUUGUGACCCCAGCCGUGAGGCGACGAGUUCGGUGACGGUCGCGUACUGUUGAACUCUCUUGGAAACCUUUUAUCCAAGAGGCUCGUCGUUAGUGGCCACAGACGAAUUAGUGAGAAAGCAGAGUGCCGGAGAGGGAUUAUCUGGACAUGUAUCAAAGGAAGUGGGCUACCUUGAACCAUAUUGAUCAGCGGUGUGCACAUGAAAGAAAAAGAGGCAGAGAAAUAGAGAGACAGAGCGAGAGAGGGAGAGGGAGAGCGAGAGAGAGAGAGACGAGAGAGAGAGCGAGAGUGGGAGAGCGGUCGCUUUGUGCCGGAGCGUGUUGCCCACAGAGAUGAAGCUGGCCACUCUGGGUCCUAGGGUUUAGCGUGGCCAUUACGGAGUCGCGCGGGGCAGGGGGGGUGUCUGGUCUGUUAUUUUCUACCUUGAUUAACGGGUAAUGACAGUGGAACACGGGAGCAGUACAUAGAGAAGACAGAGAGAGGGUUGACUUGACUAUAUGACCAAUCAGGUUAGCCCGUGGAGUUGUUGUUGUUGUUGUUGCGGCAGCAGCGACAAAGGAACAUCUGGCUCCAAUUGUUCUUCAUCAUAGGGUUGUAGGCAUUGGGACUGCUCAACAAUACAGCACGGGAAUAACAGUGUGACGCAGAUUUUGCUGAUCCGAACCUGUUUUUAUAACUUAUGCAAUAUCAAUAUCAUAUUCAAGUGUAGCCAUGUUGAUGUAGCCUAUAGGGAAGAAUAUUGUAUUAAGGUCGUAGUUAGUCACUUCUUCAAAACAAUUAUUUAAAUACCAGUUUAUAUACAUUCACCCUCAUCUCGAAUAUAAUGUAACUUGUAUGUUAUGUCUUGUUGCAACCCAUUCCCUACUAUACAGACUAAGUCUCUCUAUCGCUCAGAAUAGUGUGUUAUGUGGAAUCAGUAUAUUUGAGGAGGAACAUCCCCAAGCUCACAAUGUAUCCUCUCACACUAUUGUAAGAGGCUUGGGAUAAUAGUGGGUCCAAAAUGACUUUCAUUUACACAAAGUUCCCUGAAACUGAAGUUUCGGAGAGCGCAGGCAAUAUGCAGUUGGGAAGGGUGAUUGACAAUCACUAUUUAGGUCCAACAAGGGUUCAGAUUUGGCAGCUGUAUUGCAACUAUUUCCUUUAGUGAGCUGUUAAAGUGCAACAACAUGAAGUUAGCAAACUCCCCUCUGAAACAAGGUCUCUGGAAAGUGGAUCACGUAGUAAUUAGGGAGAGCUGAGGUCUGCAGCCGGGGGAGAACCAGGAAACGUAGCAUUACUCCAGGUAACCCGACAUAACUUUCAUGUGGAGGUUAAGCAUUGCUGGUGGGCUGGUGGACGUGUGUCACUGAGUACGGACCGAAUUAAUGCAGCAUUUCCAGCUGUUACUCUGUUCUUACACAUUGAGAAAAGAUUGAAUAUAAUCAACGACACCACUUAGAUAUAGUACUUAUAUAUUGUUAUAUAUUAUGUAACUGAAUAUAUAACUCAAAGAUAUAUUCGUUGUCUAUUAUAUUAUCCAGUAAUAUGGUAGAUAUUUCGCUGUGACGAUGUGAAAUAAUAUGGAGGCCUAAUUAUAAUGUGAUAUUCAUAACAUUGAGGUAGAUGCAGUGAAGGUCAUCGUGUUAUUUCCGUGCUGUAACGUUGCUACCGGUCGAAGGUCCCAUUGGGGAUGCCUUCCUAAGUUCAACAUGACUGUUAGUUUGUGGCCAUAUAGACUGCUACAAUGAAUGUGCCAAUGGAAGCUUUAUACGCUCAGCCUGUUUACUCUACAUAUUGGCCAACACUGUUUCCGACCGGGGGAAAUUCAAAACCUCUGUGGCUAGGGACUGUUCAACUUGGAGUACUAAUACUGAGAGUCUGUUGCCGUCUACAGCAGCUAUUCACUUUUCACUUCAAAAAACAUAUAAGCUAACCAACAAUAUAGUUUGGCUUUGAUAUUUUAGAAGCAACUGCUUGGCCUUUUGUAGAUUUUUCUCACUUUCUCUUUACAUGUAAGGAAACAGAUGAAGAGUCCUUAUUGUAUAGAGUAAAAUAGCUAGGUUAUAUACAGUGUGAUGUUAGACAAAAUGUUCGGUAUGCCCUGUACAGUCGUGAUAACAAAUCAACAGAAUGCAGAGGUGGGAAAAUAUAUGGCUUGCAAAUUCUUAACUGUUCUUUUAGCUUUAUAUUCCUGUAAAAUCAUUUUAAGAGUAAUCAUCAAAUGCUAAUCCUAAUGGUACAUAUACAUUGCUUUAUAUGUCGGCUAUAGAAGCCAUAAACCAACCAAACCAGAGAAAGUUUAUUUAUCUAUGUAUUUAUAAUAUACCCUUGUUGCUCUGCAUAAGUAUUAAAGGAUGUUAUAUGAAUGUUUCUGCUGCUAUGUAAUUUUUGAGACUGCUAUUUUUGUGCCUCAAAUAUGUUAUAAAUUCCAUUAAAGUAUCUUUACUUGUAUGGUC